AUGACAACAUCUCAUUUCCGUUAUGGUACUGUGAACUAUCAAAUUUCAUCGUCAUCUUACAAUACAGCUACAAUCAAAGUGGAAUUAGGUUACAGACUCGAUUACUUUACUUAUGAUUAUACCGUCCAAGUUGGAAAGUGUGUCGGUUCAAGUGGAUGGUUCGGCUCCUAUAAUUGCUAUUCCGGUAGUGAUUUGGGUCAAAUUAAAUAUGGUGAUGGAUACAGUGAUGACAGUCCAUAUUGUUAUGUCAAUGCUGUCUUCAGUGGUGACAAUUGGUUCACCUGUGUUAUGACAUUCACUCACACCUACCCAACCGGUUCCAAUACCUACACUUUCGAUCUUAAGGGUUAUGCUCGUUUCCAAGAUCUCAUCAACAAUGCCGGUGAAUAUUACAGAGUAACUUCAAAGAUUGUCAUCGAUCCAACUCUUAAACAAAAUUACCUUUCCCCAGUCGUUGGUUCUUCUCCAAUUAUUACAAUCGUUCUAAACUCUCAAGCACAAUUCCAAAUUCUUGCUACAUCCCCAGUUGGUUUACCAAUCAGCUACCAACUUGCAACCCCAUCACAAAUGGGUGGGGAUGACCUUGUCAUCCCAACCGGACUGACCGUUUCCUCAUCCGGUCUAGUUUCGUUCACCCCAACCCAACUCGGUUACUACACUGCUCAGGUUAUCGUUUCCGAUGGUAAGAGUUAUGUUGCCAAUGACUUCAUCAUCUACGUCGUCAAUGCCAAUCCAUUAGCUCCAUACUUUGUAUCACCAACCCCAGAGCAAGGUGUGACCGUCAAAUGCACAAUCAACGUUGAUUGUACAUGGACAUACAAGGCCGACUCAAAGAAUACCCAGAUUACCGGUAUUACUAUUGGUAACUCUGGUGGUCCAGCUGGUGGUCUUGUCCAACCAGACAUCAACGUUGCCGGUGCCAAGCCAAGAACUGUUGUUACUCAUUGGAAACCAACCGUUUCACAAGCAGGUAGUUACAUUAUCUCCCUUAACGCUUUCGAUUCAGCAGGAGUAUUCGUCACUGGUGCUCGUUCUUUCAUUCUUCUUGCCCAAUCCAAUCAAUGUAGUAAUGGACAUGAAUCACCAGCUGGUUGUGAAGUGGGUUCUCCAGGUUGUACAUGUGUCUGUGAUGGUGGUUGGUCUGGUAACCUCUGUAACCAAUGUAACCAAACCACAAACCACGGUCCAGAUUGUUUACCAAAUCCACCAUGUUACAAUGGUACCUCGAACGGUGGUCAAUCUGGUGACGGUACUUGCAGUUGUUUCCUCGGUUGGACUGGUCCAGCCUGUAAUGUUUCUUUGGUCCAGCCUUGCAGUGCUUCCGCUUCCUCUGGUGUCACUGACUACAAGAAUACCCCAGGUUACGUUUUCCCAACCUCAAUGACUGUCUAUAUGACUGCUACUCCAUUCUCUCUCCCAAUCUCCGUUCAAGCCCCAGCAAGUCUUCCAAAUGUCGAUGCUUUCAUUCUCCUCGAUGUUGCUGUUACCACCACUAUUGCCUCUGACUUUAAGACAUACGCUAAAUCAUUAUCCGAUGGAUUCAAAGUCUACUCUGAAAAUGUUAGAUUGGGUCUUGGUUAUUAUUCUGACUUCAAAUCCAAUACCUUUAACUUCCAAAACAAACUUCUCCUCGGUUCUUUCAUUGAUUUGAAUAUUCAACAAGCCCCAUUCGUCACUCCAAGUGCUGCCGGUUCCGGAAACUCAUUGCUUGCUUUGACUGAAGCUGCUCAAUUCCCAUCUGGAUGGAGCACCAACGGUUACCACACCAUUGUUAUUUUCGUAGAUUCCGAUUGUACUGCCCCAACUCCACAACAACAAGCUACUCUCCUCGCUGCUCUUAAUGCUAAUUACAUCUCUCCAGUCAUCGUUGGUGUCGGUGGUGUUUCUCUUCCAAACUGGAAUGCAGUCAUUAACAGCUUCAAAUUUGGAACUGUCAUUGUCUCCUCCGCUAGCGGUAACGAUUGGGCCCUCAAAGCCGUCUCUGGUUUCACAUCUGGUACCUCCAAAUUCGCACCAUCUAUUUUGGCUGGAACCAAUACCCUCGGAUUCGUCACCACCCCACCAACUGCUUUCACCAAACCUUUGGAUGGUAAUGCAAUCAACAUUACCAGUGUUAAUUUGAACAUGCCAAACCCAGUUCCAUCUGCUCCAUCCGAUAUAAUUGUUGUUACAAUCCCAGGUUAUGGAUACACAACUGCCACCGUCAGAUUCAACCAUCAACCAGUUGCUUACAGUCUUACCAUUGCCGUCAAAGAGGCUGGUCAAGUUAACUUCACCGUUUCUGGUAAAGAUGCUGAAAAUUCAAUUCAAUUCAAGAUCACUCAAUUGCCAUCAAGCGGUACACUCUCAACCACCUCCACUGGAUCAAACAUUGCACUCAAUACCCUUUAUCCGAUGACUCAACUCUUAUUCUUCACACCAGCCACCAGUCAAGGUAGCUCUGUCACUUUCCAAUAUGUCGUCAAUGACGGUUGUAUUGACUCUGCUCCAGGUACUUAUACCAUCAAUGUUAUCCAAGGUGACGGUAAGCCACCAGUAGCUAUCUUCACCAAUGUUACAACCGAUGAGAAUGUCUCCAAGCAAUUCAGUUUUGGUUUCACCGACCCAGAGAACUUGGCUGUUGAUAUUAUCCUUGGUAGUCUUCCAGUCAAUGGUCGUUUCCAAUUCACCAAUCAAACAUUUAUUACCACUAUUGGUCAACGAAUUCCAUCUACCAUUAUCUAUGUUCCAAACAAAGAUUUCUCCGAUGAAAACAAUGUCAACGGUUAUGGUCCAUCCGAUGUAGUCCCAUUCACUGCCAUCAAUAGCAAGAAUCUCCCAUCACAAGUAGCCAACGCCAACUUCUACAUCAACCCACGUAAUCCACCAAAAUUCACAGGUCUCUACGGUUUCACCACCCUUGAGAACACACCAUUGACUUUCCCAUUGACUGCCACAAUCCCAAGCGAUGCCUCCUCUGUUUCUCUCUCCAUCUCUAAGAUUGAAGGUCAAGGAACACUCGCCUGGUGGGCAUGUACUGAAAUCACCUGUGUCCGUGAUGUUUCUUUACCAUUCUCCAACACAGCCAACGGUGGAAGAAUGCAAUUCACUUACACUCCACCACUUAAUACUUACGGUCCAUUCUUGAUGAAGGUUUAUCUCAACUUUGUCUCUUCAAACAAUGUCGCAUCUGAAGACGUCAUGGUAUACAUCAAUGUAACCCACGUCAAGAGACCACCAACCAUCGAAUUGGUUGAUUACCUCAACUUGAAAUUGGGUGAAGAGAUCCCACGUCCAUACCCAGCUCCAAUUUUAUCUGGUGUUCUCAACAAUACACUCGACAUUUGGAUGAACCACUUUGUUGUUCUCAGAUGGAGAGCCUAUUCAAAUGAUGCACCAAACAAUACUAUCACUUCAACAUUGGAUUUCAAAUCUUCCCCAGCUGGUGUAGUUGGAGAAUACAAUGAGACCUUCUCCACUUCACUUGGUCGACUACUAGGAGUAGGUAGUUUAAUUGGUUUGCCAGAUUCAGAUGGAUUCUUUAAGAUGAUUUAUAUGCCACCCAACAACAGUUCAGGUCUUAGUAUGAUGAGACUUACUUUCCAUGCCACUGAUGAGAAUGGUUUAUACUCCCCAGGUGAGAAUUUGGUAAUCAAUGUUAAGAGAAAUUACAUUCCACCAGUUAUCCACGUUCAAAAGUACAACUGGACUUCGAUCACUAAACAAAAUCUCGUUAUUACCAAUGUUUCAGUCGAAAGUGUUGAGGCUGCAGGUACACAAUCCAACUACUAUGUCGCCAAGAAUGUCACUUUGAUAGUUUCUGCUUUGGAUGCCAAUCGUCUCCCAUUAAGUACAGCAAACAUUUCACUCUUUGGUGACACCGCAGGUUUCUGUCAAAACAACAAGAGUUCAGUCAUUAUAUGUGCUGCACCCACCGAUGUUCUCAACAAAUUCUUGACACAAAUCAAUGUUUACCAUACCAAGUCUGGUGGAUUCCUUCUCAAUAUUUAUGCUGAGAACAGAUUCCUCAGGGGUAUCAGCUACUUGACUUCAGCCAAUAUCUCUGCUACCGACGACCUCACCAUGGUUGUCCAAUCUGCAGGUGGUAACACUGGAAACAACAAGACUGUCCUUUCCGCUGCUAUUGCCGCUGCCGUAGUUGCCGCUGCCAUUAUCGCUCUCGGUGUUUGGAGAUUAGUCAAACGUACUGCUCCACCAACCAACGCCUUCUUUGGUGAUUCUCCAUUCUCUGAUGGUGCCAUUUCAUCUAACCCAUUAUAUCAAGAAUCGGCCAACACUGGUGUUAACCCAUUAUAUGAGAACCAGGCUUAA